UGACCUGGCUGACUCAGAACAGUAGUAGGAAUUGGAAACAAACAGGACCAAAGCCUAUCUCUGUGGGUGAGACGCCAGUAAAUAGCAAGAGUCUGCAUCAUUUUAUCAGGAGGACAAGCAAGGCAGCACAGGAGAGAAGUGUGACUGCAGCAGAGACACCUGCACUUUCUACUGAGUACAUAGUAUGGAAUCUGGGCUGGCUGCAGCUGGGAUACAAACAGGAAUGGAGCUCCUGCUCUGUGUGUGAUCCAUCAUUCGCGGGACCCAGAUGGCUAAAGUUAAAGUCACCGUGCAUGAGGAUCCAGAUCUGGGCUUUGGUCCAGAUGAGGAUGACUCUGAGUCUGAUUCUUGGGAUGACUCAGACUCUGGGAGCAUGCUCUCAGAUGAUUCUGUCAUCCCUGACUAUGAAUUGGAGGACAAUAUGGAGGGCACGGUCAACACUCUGUAUCAGGCAUGUGCUAAGAACCAGCCCUUGUCCCUGUGCAAAGUGCUGGAGCAGGGCGUGACUCAGGAAGAAGUCAUGGAGCUGGACAUCAAUGGCAGGAACGGCCUUAUGCUGGCAGUUUCCAAAGGCUUCGUAGAUAUUGUGUAUGGCCUGAAUGAGUGUCCAUUUUUGGAUAUUAAUCAUCAAGAUAAUGAUGGAAACACAGCACUCAUGAUUGCAGCACAAGCUGGUUUUGCGACCAUCCUAACCUACAUUCUGAACUACUACUCUGGUGUGGACAUUGAGCUCAGAGACCACAGAGGCUUCACUGCUCUCAUUAAAGCAGCCUUGCAGGGCAACAGCGACUGUGUGGCCUCUCUGCUCAUGGCUGGUGCAGACAUAAAUUCAGUAGAUGCCACACGGAGGAAAGAUGUAACAGAAUGGGCACUAAAAACAGGACACUUUGAAACUUUUACAAGGCUGAGACAACUGUCCAGCCGGCCCCGUGCAGAGCAAUUUUGUGAAAGCUAUGUCCCGGAGUGGCCAGAUCUUAAAGAGCUGGUGAGAAAAGCCACAACCACAAAAAGUGCAGGGCAGAAGGUCGCCCAUCGUUUGAAGUCCACGUUCACUUUCAGUUUUCCGCAGGAUCCUCAGGACAACGGCGUCCUGGAUCACAUGGUGCGCAUCACCACGAGCAUCCACAGUCCCCUAGUGGUCACAGGCUGCCGUCCAUUCUGUCCCACGAGUCCACCGGAGAUCGGCAAGAGGCGUUUAGCCAUGCCUGGACUGAUGCAGCAAACCCCAGACCAGAAGCCCAAGAGCCCCAUGAUACAAAACAGCAAUGGCUCCAUCUUCUCAUCCUCCUCCACCAUCACCUCCGGAUCAUCUGUGUCUCUGGCCUCAUGCUUCUCAGACACAGAGCAUAAGGGCAGCAUGUUCUCCAUGGCCACCAGCAGCAUACGCAGGCUGGUCCCACGCAGCAUAGCACGCCACAACAGCAUCUUCCCCACCAGCUGCAUCCCUCAUAUCAAAGUGACCAAGUCAGCUGACCCGACCCCCAAGAAGGAGAAGAAAAGGAAGAUGUCAAAAGGUUACCUGGAGCCACCAGUUUGGAAGUACAAGGAGGCAAAAAUGGAGAAGAAAAAAGAGAAGAAGCGGCUAGAGAAGGAGAAGGCUCUUAAAAUGAAGAUGGAAAAAGCUGCCAAGAAAAAGUCAAAAAAAUGAUAAAGAACUUCCACAUACACAUAUCUAGAGUUUUAGUUCCCAUAAUAUGUGAAGCUAAAAACCUAAUGGGACAGACAGUGGCUCUGUGAAAUGUAAUUUUUUUGUCGUUAUUUUUUUUAUUGCUGUGAAGCAAGGCUGCCAGAUGUCUGCAUAAGAUUAUUCUCAAAAUAGCCAUGAGAAAGAAACCUUUAUUACAUUAACAAUGGCAGCUCAGAGAUACAGGUUUAUUGUGACUGUUAUUUCAGAUUAUGAGUAAAUCAUUUUCCAAUGUAGUCCUAUUUAUUUUAAAUUUUAUUAUUUCAAAUGUUUCAAAUGCAAUGAUAACAUUACAGUUAGCGUUUCUCCUUUUUGCACGUGGAGCAUUUUUGUUGACUUUACUGUUCAGGAAUAUAUAAUGUAUGGUCUUGAGUAUAUAUAACAAUAUUUUGGAGACAGAUGCCUGGCAGAGCUUCUUCAAUUUAUCGUCCUUCCCAUGGCUAUCUGUAAGACUCCCUCGAUAAGAAGAUUUAUAAACUAGGAAUCAUUUAGAAAACUACAGACACUCUCUGCUGUAUAGCUAUCUUACUGUGUGUCUCAGGGAUAAUUGUAUUUUUAUUUGCUGCAGUAUUGUUGCAGAGCAUGUUGCUCAUUCAGCAUCUCUAUGCAAAUGUUUCUAUGCAUUUGCAUUACUAUGCAUUUGCAAACAAUUGUAUUAAGCCAAAAUGUACUGCAUUUUCUUACAGCAUUUCAACAAAGUUUGAGCCAUUUUGCGACAUGUAUGUAUUCCAUUUUGUUUUCACAAACAGUAUUUGCAAAGACUAUA